AGAAUUCAAGUCAUGAAAGAACAUUCGUGUGGGUGAGAAAUACUAGCAUAUUCUUUGGUCCUUUUAGAAGGAAAUUGACGUGGUUUAUGAAGUCUAUAUUAGUAUAUGAAUCACACUGUUGAUAGGUGGAUGGUGUAAUUCCUACUUUGUUUCCUCGAAAGACCACAGUUUUUCGGUUCUUAUCGGUUCAAGAUGAUGGACGUAACGGUGAAAACGCUGGAUUCGCAGACAAGACAAUUCUCUGUUCCCGAACAGAUAACAGUAAAAGAGUUCAAGGACAGAAUCGCUGGUUCAGUGAACAUCCCAGCUUCUACUCAGCGUCUUAUAUUCUGCGGACGAGUUCUUCAAGAUUCUAAGAAGCUAUCCGAGUAUGAGGUGCAUGGAUGUACCAUUCACCUGGUGGAGAAACCACCACCAUCCACCGCACCAUCUACUUCUAGUACUUCUACUUCAAGCACCAGCGGUCAACAUGGGGGUGGCAUGAGCGAUGGGCGAGAUAGUUUCUUCAUGGGUGCUAUUACAGUACAAGCUGACAUUGGAGAUGCAGGCAAUAUACACGUCCAGCAGCAACCCAAUGGAUCGCACAUGGAUGUACAUAUCAACCUUGGACCAAUCAACAUGGCGCCACCCGUCAGCGCUUCACAGCAACGCAUCACUCAGAUACGCAAUCUCCUCAGACAAACCCAUCUCACGCUGGAAAGACUUGAGAAUCCCCCACAGCAGCAAGGCACCCAAACUGAUCCCGUUGCAGCAACUGGUAGUGGCACCCCUACAAGCAGCUCAGAACCAGUAUCCAAUAGCAGUACAACCACAAGUAGCAGCUCAACUACCCAGACCACUCAGCAGCCUUCUUCUACAGGGGGUGCUACUCCUAGUCCCGAUUCGGCUUCUAAUAAUCAGACUGGACAAGGUCAGGCGGGCAGGAGGACUGCAACAGUAGUACACCCCCGGAGCACCGUCAUGGCGGACAUCUUGCAGGAAAUAGCGGAGUUAAACACCAGACUGCAGCCUCAUCUGACUCAGUACCGGGAGCUUCUUAUUUCGGAUCCGGUCUAUGAAGGCGAUACUGAUCGUCAGCCUGCACAUCGUCUCCAGACUCUGGUCAAUCAAACUCUACAUUACAUUAGUCAUAUCUACCACGCUGUGUCGGAUUGUAUGAUGGAUCUUCAUACUACACCCCCAAGGGUGCUGAGGGCACCUGCUGGUAUGAUGGUAGCUCCAAUACGACCGGCUGGACAAAUGCCUGUACAUGUGAACAUAGGUCAAAUGGCUGCGCACGCUGCAGCCUCUCAGGGCGGCGCUGCAGCCUCGACCGAAGAGAGACCCUCCUCAACAACCUCCUCCUCGACCAGCCAGCAGAACGCCUCCACACGUACAAGCUCUACGGCCACCACCCAGACCCAAAACAGCUCAGCUCCGCCUCUAGUCACCAACGCCUCGGUCACCCUAACCAAUCAGCAGACGUACGUCAUCACGCCGAGGUCUGGAGCCACAGGUUACAUGGCUGUGCCUGUUUCGUCGUCGUCGUCAAAUCAGACGCCUGGAGCUACGACGCCGUCAUCUCCGGCUAGCCAAGGGGGAGGGAGAGGUACGGGUGGAAGUCGCCCCGCUGCCCCACGACCUUCAGGUCCGCAUGUACAUAUCCACCAGCUUGGAUUGAAUCCUGGCAGUAUACCACCAGCUGGGCUGCUUCAAGUCAUGGCUCAGAUGGUUGGUCAACAACAGAUGCAGCAGAUGGCACAGACUCCAGCAAACCAUGCUGGUCCAACAAACACUUCCUCCACACCCACUACAUCCUCUCCUCGCUCCCAGCAGAACGCCCAGUCCACUCCCUCCCCCCAAAACCAGAACCAAUCAUCCCGUACCCCAAACCCCAUGGCCUUCUUCAACCCGCUCCAGCCACGCCCAGCCUGGGAUCCACUGCUGCCCUGCAACUCCCGCCACAUCACCAUGCGUGUCAUGCCGACUGGCCCCGCUGGAAGGGGAAGGGCAGGAGGUGGAAGGCAGAAUACUGCAUCGGGGACUGGGAGGGCGGAUGAGUCUGCCGGUAGAUCUCCAGGGGAGAGUGGAAGCGCUGGUGGCGAGAAUGUCAAUGCUGGUGAUGGAGCGCAGAAUAAUGCCAUGCCACAGAUGAUUCCAGUGUCCGCUGAUGGUAAUAUUACUGAUGUGAUAGGGGGUCUUGUCAACGCCAUAUUGAACCAGCAACCCAAUUUUGUACAGGUUGUACCACCCGGAGCCCAACAGACCACCCAGCAAGCAUCAAGUCAACAACAGCGCCAGCAACCUUCGCAAUCCUCAUCCAACGCAUCAUCUGCUGCCCCCAGUGGCCAGUCAGAGCCAGGCCCGAAUAGCGUCUUGUCGGACCAGAUGCUGAUGAAUAUGAUGCUGAGGAUGACUCAAGAGAUGGGUUCGGUCGGGUCCGGACAGAGCAGUAAUCAAUCGCUGAGGAACUUCCUAUCCGGUAUGGGAAUGGCAUUAGAGCCAGGUGAGGGAUUCUUAGGUGAACUUCUGGAUCAAGUCACGGAGCAGCUUGGUAUGGGUGACUUUGCAUCAAUGUUUCUCGGCCAAUCAGCACCCUUGCAGCAACUCCGCCCCAACUUGGAGCGGUUUGUAAAUCAACGGAUUAUGAGAGGACAGCCGUUGACCCCAGAAAAUAUUGAGGCCGGUGUAAAUAGGAUACUGGAGGAGCUACGACCUGCAGUAACUGAAUUUAUUAAUGGCGCCCCUACUGUGAAUAACAUAGACCCCGUUGCUACUCAUAUGAAGUUCCUGCACAGUGUACUGGAGAAGUUUGUACGUCUCUUUGCUGGACAAGAAGAAAGUGCUUUUGGAGAGCAGAUGAGGAGGUUAGGUCAUGACAGCUUACAUCAGUGGGUAGCUCUAAUGGUACAUAUCUUUGGAAGUAGACAGAACGUAGAUGAAUUCCUCUCUACUCGCAUGCGUACAUGGUUUGGUGUUGACGCUACCCCAGGAAGCCUGGUUGCGACGAUGUCACUGCAGAACUUUGAUUUAGUCUAUCGUAUGUUGACUGUCACUCCAGAUCAGAUUGCUCACUUUGUGGUCAAGAAAAAGCCCUCUACUGCUGGUGCAGCUGGUCCGGCUACACCAAGUACGACAGCUGCUAGUGGUUCAUCAGCCAGACCUGCACCAACACCUGGCCAAUCACAGGGCAGCUUAGAUAACGUAGAGGUCAUAAUGGAAGCUGAAAUACAUGUCCCAGAUGAGUCAAUGAAUGCCCUGGUGGGAGCUGUAGGGCAGGCAGAGGCCGCUUCACGUGACUUAUCAACACCUUCUAGUACCGAAGCUGCUGCAACUCCUGUACCCUUGGCAGCAACGGGCGAUGCAGUUGCCAUGGAUACCUCUGGUUGGGAAGCAGCUGUUCCAGCGGAAUGGGUACCAGUGAUCAACCAGGACAUUGGCCGACAGCGAAGGCAAGCACCACAAGGUGGACUGAGUGAUGCGUAUCUUGCUGGUAUGCCACCAAAGAGAAUGAAGCUAACCCAAGACAAGAAAUCCCCGAUCAACAACGGAGUGGAGACAUUCUUACCAGGGACACUACGUCAAGCUGUACAAGCCGUUGGUGCCCAGCCCCUCACCGGCGUCGACGCUCUGGUCCGAGAUGCAGAGGCAAGCUCUUCGCUCUACGACGCUUGUGAAGAACAGGUUAGAAGCGCUGUACAAGAGCGACUACGUAGGGAUCCCGAUUAUGACGCACAGAAAUUCCCCAAUACAGAUAAAUACAUCAAUAAGAAAAAAUAAUCACUGAAGAUUUUUUUAGGGUUAUCUAUCAUUAACUAUGAAGAGGAGAGGAGCACAUAGGAAGAUGACUCCUCAUCCCCUUCUUUUAAAAGUUAGAAGUUUAAAGGCAGGGUGUACCUUCGGUAAUUGUCACAGACCAGUAUCCUUAAUUGGCGUAUCCCAACAUCUUUCUUGAAUCUUUAAAAAUAGCUAUGCAAAUUUAACCUUACAAUUUUCGGAACAAACUGGCCUAAAAUCAGAUCUGCAAAGUGAUUUGUGGAAUUCUCGAAACCAGCUUAAAGCAUAGGCAGGGUACACUUUUGGCAGUUGUCAAACACCAGUAUCCUCACUUUAUGUAUCCCAACAUAUGCAUUAGAUAUCAAGUCUGUGAAAUUUCAGGCUC